AUAAUCUAAGUUUCAAUGGGAUUUGUGUAGCGAACAUCAAUAAAAAGACCAAACUGCCUUUUCUUGUCUUUGUCCAAAACACACACUCCCCACUCCAAAGUCUAGCCAGUAGACUAAAUUGUAUUCCUACCAGAGAGAGAGAGAGAGAGAGAGAGAGAGAGAGAGAGAUGGGUUCAACUUCAAAGGAAGCAGAAGAAGAAGCAGAGCCAAUAAUUUCCGCACCAAAGCUUCCCCUGCUUUCCAUCCAAUUACCCGUUAGUCAUGACUCACCGGAGCAUUCAGGGAUGCUAACGCCUCCACUCCACACCUCCGCCUCCGUCCCUUUCCGCUGGGAGGAAGAACCCGGCAAGCCCCGCCCCUGCACCGCCCUUAUCACCACCACCACUCAGACUCUCUCUCACCAGGACCCACACAGUACUGAUACUCCUAAUUAUAAUAAUAAGUGCUUAGAGCUACCUCCGAGGCUGCAAUCAUUUAUUGAUCCUAAAAUGUCCUCCCCAACCACAGUCCUGGACGGCCCUUACAGCUUUCCCCUGUUUCAGUCCUCUUCUUUCAGGUUCACGACGACAAGGAGGAGGGAGCGUCAGGGUUCUUUCGGUAGCAGCUGUGGUGGGAGUCCGGAGAGAGGCCAGUUUGGUAAUUCCAUUAAUAAUGUACUGCUGAGCAACAAGAGUAGUAGUAGUGUUACUGUUGAUCAUGAGGGAAAUAAAGGGAGAUCAUCCGGAGGAUUCUUUGGGUCUUGGCGGAGAAAGUCGUCCCACAAGCGGGGCAAAAGUGAAGUUGGUGGUGGGGGUAGUUUUGUGUUUUCUUCUUCCGUGGAAUUGGCAGGUUUUGGUACUUUUGAUGAUCUUGAGAGUGGUGGUGGUGCAAAGGUGAAGAAGGUGUCGAGAAUUGCUAGGAAUAGUAGCUUUUCCAGCCUCUCUCAAGUCAGGUCCCAUUUCUGGGCAACCAUAUACAAGGGCUUUAAGCAGGUGCUUCCAUGGAAGAGUACAAAUGCCAGGAAAGACGGGCUCCUUGUUUGAAUGUGGUCUUUCAUGUUAUGAAUAAUCAACAUGUCCUAUUGUCUUUGCCACUUUGUUCUUCAUUUCUACUAUUUUUCUGUCGAUUGGGAUUUGAAGUUGAAUAUGUAAUAUACGGAGGACAAAAAACCGCUUCACUGA